UUUCAAAAAUCUGUAGUUUUAGUACGACUGUACAAGUAGUGGAGUAGCUGUCCUCCCAGAAAUGGAGUCGGUGCCUAAAAUGUACGAAUAAGAGAGAGAGAUUGCCUAAAAAAGGAAAUGGUUUUCAUGGAUCUCAAUGAGUUAAGAAAGCGAUUUUCACCUUCGAAACCCCAAAUCUCCGACGCCAUUGAUGCUUCUCCAGGUCAAGCAGCUCGACCUAUGGUUUCCUUCAAUUUCAUUGCUGCAAAUUUCACCAAAACCUUCGCUGCUCUUCUCAUCAUCUUACCUGUUUUGAUCACCUUCUCUCUCAUUUAUCGCAACCCCCAUUCGGAUCAUCGUUCAUCCCCUUUUGCCGAUGCUAGGGUUUUAGAUCCCAAAUCCUCACAAAUCAAUUCGCAAUCAUUUGAACAUGUUGAAGGGGCUGAUGACAAAUUGCUUGGUGGACUUCUUCCAUCUGGAUUUGAUGUAGCAUCCUGUUUAAGCAGAUACCAGUCGUUCAUGUAUCGGAAAGCAUCACCUUUUAAGCCUCCGAGUUAUCUUAUAUCUAGACUACGGAAGUAUGAAGAGCAACACAGACGCUGUGGACCCGGUACUCAAGCGUACAACGAGGCUCUGAGUCAACUUAAAUCUGGCAACCAAAGUGCUGUGCCUACGGAAUGUAACUAUGUUGUGUGGAUAUCAUUUAGUGGCUUGGGAAACAGAAUUUUGACAGUGAGUGCAGCUUUUCUUUAUGCUCUUCUCUCAAACCGGAUCCUGCUCAUUGACCCAGGAACUGACAUGACUGAUCUAUUCUGUGAGCCGUUUCCUGAUACCUCAUGGUUUUUACCUCACGACUUCCCAUUAAACAAUAAAUUCAAUGGUUUUAACCAGAAAUCUUCCAGAUGCCAUGGGUUUAUGCUGAAAAAGAAUCUUCUAAAUGCCUCAGCAGAAGAGGUACCAGCCGUACCACCGUAUUUGUAUCUUCAUUUGGGUCAUGACUAUAAUGACCAUGACAAGCUUUUCUUCUGUGAUGAAGACCAAACUCUUCUUGACAAAGUUCCAUGGUUGAUAAUGAGAAGUGACAACUACUUUGUCCCUUCCCUUUAUUUGAUCCCGUCAUUUGAGCAAGAACUGUUUAAACUGUUUCCUGAAAAAGUAACCAUUUUUCACCACCUUGGCCGCUAUCUUCUCCACCCAACAAAUGAAGUUUGGGGGUUGAUUACAAGGUAUUAUAAUGCUUACUUAGCCAGGGCAGAUGAGAGGAUUGGAAUCCAAAUCAGGACAUUUGAGGAGGGGCCAGGUCCAUUCCAGCAUGUAAAUGACCAAAUUCUGUCCUGCAUAUCAAAGGAGAAAUUACUCCCGGAAGUUGACAGGGAUAAUUUAGCUUUCGGUUUAUCGAAGAACCCGAGGUCCAUAGCGGUUCUUGUUACAUCGUUGGAUGCGGGUUACAGCGAUUCUCUGAGAGAAUUAUAUUGGGAACAUCCAACUGUUACUGGAGAAGCGGUUGGAUUUUACCAGCCAAGUCAUGAAGGGUUUCAGCAAUCACACAAGAAGAAUCAUAACAGGAAAGCCUUGGCAGAAAUGUAUCUUUUAAGUUUGAGCGAUAAAUUGGUGACAAGCGCGUGGUCGACUUUCGGGUAUGUCGCUCAAGGUUUCGGAGGGUUGAAACCGUGGAUUUUGUACAAGCCAGAGGACAAGAAAACCCCGAACCCAGCUUGUGGCCGAGCCAUGUCUAUCGAGCCUUGUUUCCACGCUCCUCCCUUCUGGGAUUGCAAAGCAAAAACAGGUAUUGAUACUGGUAAGCUUGUACCUCAUGUAAGGCAUUGCGAGGAUAUUAGUUGGGGUCUUAAGGUAGUUGAUGGCAGUGAAGAGCUAUAGAUCAGAUUAGGUAGUUGAAAUACUAGUCGGUGUUAAAUUAUUUUGGUGAAUGUAUUGUUACAUUAAAACGCUUGUGACCAAUGUAUAUUGUUGCCAUUUCGGUUGGUGUAUUGUGUAUGUACUAUCCCGUGUAAACAUGGCCAAGCAUGAUAUGAUAGACUGAUGUAUUUGAUACGAUAGACUGGUGCAUUUGAUACGAUAGACUGAUGCAUUUGAA